AUCAGCUGUGUCCAAUCACAGCUGAUCACAUGGCACUGAAAAUCAGUGUGCCCUGAUGAUCAGUGUGGCCCCAGAAGUGCCACCUGUUAAUGUCCAUCAGUGCCAGCAGUCAGUGCUCAUCAGUGCCACGUGCCAGUGCCCAUCAGUGCCACAUCAAUGCCACAUAUCAAGUGCACAUCAAUGCCACAUAUCAGUGCCCAUCUGAGCUGCCUUUCAAUGUCACCCAUCAGUGCCAGUCAAUGCCACCUAUCAAUGCCAAUCAGUGCCACCUAUCAGUGCCAGUCAGUGUUGCCUAUCAGUGCGCAUCAGUGCCACCU